ACGAAAAAUCAUGCACGACUUAGCUGUCAGUUUUCCGUUCCCCCUGCCCCCAUUCAGAACAAAUGCAUACGUAACAUUAGAAAUUUUGUUUGUGGUUUUGUUUCUUUUCAUCGGAAAUACCCAAUUUCCCGAUAGUUAAACAAACCAAAAACAGCAUAAUAAUACCAGAGCAAAAACAAUAAGAAGAAGAAAUAGUUACAGAUACAGUUGAAUAUGUCAAGACGUAGAAUUGCCACCAUGUCUACAGCUGAGGGCACAUCUCUCCGAAAUGCAGAAGGCAUACGAAAAUUCACCAACUCCAUGGACCCGCGCUUGGAUCAGCUGGUUGUGUACAGCUCCGUGCUGGAGCAUUUGCUGCAACAGAAGCGCCACUUUGAGCAGGAGCGCGACACGGAGCAGCUGCGGCUCGAGCGGUUCAGGUGCGAGGGUGUCAAAGAUAAUCGCAUUCGCGUGCAAAUGCAGGUGGUGAAAAAGGUGCAGAGCAUGCUCCCGAACAUUGUAUUCAAGCUGCGCAACGAGUACGACAAAUUCGAUCGCUUUCUGCAUAGAGAGAAGGGACUCCAAAACAUAAAUCUUUCUCUUUACGACAAAGGUCUGCAGUUGCUGAAUUUGUGCAAAAAGAAUCUAGAGCAAACUUUAUAGACAUGGCUGCACUCCCGUUUUCGCAUAUUCCACACGCGAACCCACUCCCCACCACACGCACACAUAGCUCAUGGUUUGCCCCAACUCCCAACCAACCAAGCUUCAGUAGAAGUCUCAAUGUAUUUCAAUUGAUCCAAUCGGCGAACCCAAGUAGGGGCUUACCUGCUUCAGAUGAUUCUUCAGUAUAGUGCCCUCCGGUUCGGGCAAGGGAGGUAUCUCAUCGUAGCCACCCGUUGGUGGUGUCAGCUUGGUAGAAUCCAAAUCCACAACCCAUAUAUCAUCGGGCAGCCUGCAAUUUAAGAGAUGGCUAUAUUCGUUCUGGAUACCGUAUACUAUAGAGACUAUACUAUUAGAGACUCUUAGACAGACCAGACAUUGCCGGGUACUAAGCAACACCCUACCAGGCAGUGUCGGGCACUUCCAGUCUCUAACAGGCAUCGUCGACUAUAGUGGACACUACAAGGUACUACCGGGUACUAUCAGGCAAGGAUCGACUGGUCACUAAGUGAAUAACUACGCCUAGCCAGACAUUACCUGGCACUACCAAGUACCACCAGCUAUAGCGACAGCAAUCGGGCACUAUAUCAGGCAUUACACCAUUACGGGCACUACCAAGCACUUACCUGAAAUUCUUUUUAUAGAUUAGAAAGGAAGCUGGCACACCGAUGACAAAGGGCGUGGGCGCGAGCAACAGCUGCUCGGCACAGCUGAGGCAUGUGGGCAGCAACGGUAUGACUGGGAACAUAUACUCCAAUGGGUAUAGCAUUGUUACGAACGCCAUUACCGACAUGGAGAGUGCAUUAUAGUCGCGCGAUUGGAAGAGCACCUUAUUCUCCAGCAUUAUCAGUGUCCACACCUUCAGACAGGUCUCCACACCCAGCAAUUCCAAUGGCAAGUGCAACGGGAAAUCAACGAGCGAAAAGCGCGUGUGAUCCGGUAAUGCAAACAGCAACGGUUCGUGUACAGUGGGCGACAGCACCUCCACCUAAAAGGGAAAAACAAAACAUAUUCAUUAAUAGCAGGUCCAAUAGAUAAUUGUAGUGACUAUUGUUUAACACAUAUCGAGUGCUCUGUAAACAGAUAUUAUAUGUCAAAAAUAGAGAAACGACCACAUUUCA